GCCCCGCGCCCCCCGCCCCGGGGACGUCCACGCCUCACUCUCCGCUCCGGGGGAUCCCUGGAUCCCGGGCCGGAGAUCCUGACGCUACCUGGCCGGAUCCCGGGCGCUCCUCCCGGCGUCCCGGAGCUCGGGACGGAGCCCGGGCAGCCCCAUGGCCCCCAGAAUUCUCGGAGGGUUCCAGUGGAGCGCCUGCGUCAGAAUCACCUGGCGGGUUUGCAAAAGCCCCGGAGCCGGGGCCCCGCCUCGCGCCGGUGGCUCCGGCGCCGGGGCCCGGGAACGUGCAUUCCGAUGAGCCGUCCCGGUGGCCCCGCGCGGGCGCCCGACUCUGGGGAGCGGCCCGGGCGGUGGGGGCGGGCUCCGCGCGGGCGGCAGGCGCUCGGCCUCGCCGAGUCGGGGUCCGAGCGGGCGCUGGCGCAGGGCCCUCGGGCUCCGCGGGGCCAGCGUCCGUGUGGCGGUUCCCGGGCCGGGCCCCGGCGGAGGCGGCCGCGCUGACCCCGCGACGCCCGCGUCCGACGGCUGCACCUGCUUUCACAACCCGACGACUUUCUUCCCAGGAGGACCCCGUUCUGGAGCGGUAUUUUAAGGGCCACAAAGCUGCGAUCACGUCCGUGGACUUCAGUCCCAACGGCAAACAACUUGCUACUGCUUCUUGGGAUACGUUCCUCAUGCUAUGGAAUUGCAAGCCACAAGCUAGAGCUUUCAGAUAUGUGGGUCACAAGGAUGUGGUAACCAGCGUGCAGUUUUCCCCACUUGGAAACUUACUGGCAUCUGCUUCAAGAGACAGAACCAUUAGACUCUGGAUUCCUGAUAAGAGAGGAAAAUCCUCUGAAUUUAAAGCUCAUACAGCUCCAGUUCGAAGUAUAGACUUUUCAGCCGAUGGCCAGUUUCUAGCUACAGCUUCUGAAGACAAAUCUAUCAAAGUUUGGAACAUGUAUCGCCAGCGUUUCUUGUAUUCCUUGUACCGACAUACCCACUGGGUACGCUGUGCCAAAUUUUCACCUGAUGGAAGGCUGAUUGUAUCAUGUAGUGAAGAUAAAACUAUUAAAAUUUGGGAUACCACAAAUAAGCAGUGUGUUAAUAACUUCUCAGAUUCUGUAGGGUUUGCAAAUUUUGUGGGUUUUAACCCUACUGGUACAUGCAUAGCUUCAGCAGGUUCUGAUCAUACCGUGAAAAUCUGGGAUAUAAGAGUAAACAAAUUGCUCCAGCAUUAUCAAGUUCACAGCGGUGGAGUUAAUUGUGUGUCAUUCCAUCCUUCGGGUAACUAUCUCAUCACUGCGUCUUCAGAUGGCACACUUAAGAUUCUGGAUCUCUUAGAAGGAAGACUUAUAUACACACUUCAAGGACAUACGGGACCUGUCUUUACUGUUUCAUUUUCAAAAGGUGGAGACCUGUUUAGCUCCGGAGGUGCAGAUGCACAGGUCUUAUUAUGGAGGACUAAUUUUGAUGGCUUGAAUUGUAAAGACAUUAUUAAAAGAAAUCUCAAAAGAUUACAUUUUGAUUCAUCACCACAUCUUGUUGAUAUAUACCCAAGAACACCACAUCCCCAUGAAGGAAAAAUUGAGACUGUUGAAAUUAAUCCAAAGCUUGAGGUAAUCGAUUUGCAGACUUCUUCUCCCCCUGUUAUGGACAUCCUUUCUUUUGAUUCUACUACAAUAACAGAUACCACUGUUAGAACCUUAGCAGACAAAGGUGAAGAGAUCAACAGUUAUUUCUUGAACCCUUCUUUAUUGUCAUCGGAAUGUUCACCAACAACCUCGAAAAAGAAAACAGAAGACACGAGUGACUUCCCUUCUGAGAGCCAGAGAAGCAUACCACUCGCCGUGACUGAUGCUUUAGAGCACAUCAUGGAACAACUCAGUGUUUUGACACAGACUGUUUCAAUCUUGGAGCAGCGACUGACUUUGACAGAGGAUAAGCUGAAAGACUGCCUUGAAAAUCAGCACAGGCUUUUCACUGCUAUCCAGCAGAAAAGUUAAAUAGAAAAGUAUGAGCAGAGGCAUGAUAAACGAACACAUGUACAUAGGCUCGGGAAGGUAGUACGAGACGCUCCCUUCAUGCAACACAACCAUGUGCUGAUUAUAAUGAUCAUGGCAUCUCUUAAAAGGGUGAGCAACAGAACCAAAGGCAGAAAAGGCACAAUUAACGACCAAUUUAAACACACAAAUCAAUGUCAAGGACUAAUUCAAAUCAUUACUGAUUAUAAUUGCAGUAAUAAAGUGGUAAGUAUUCAA